AUGGCGAACGCCCGUGGCCUCAAGGCUGUCCUAGAGAAAUCCCCCUCCGACGUCGUAAUCCUGUCCUCCCUCCGAACACCCGUAACGAGAUCAUACAAAGGCGGCUUCCGGAACGCCUAUGACCAUGAGCUCCUCUCACACGUCCUACGCGCCACAUUAGCCGCGAACCCGAAUCUGCCAACCGAAAAGAUCGGCGACGUGGCUGUCGGGGUGGUACUGGCAGAACUGGGCGGUUCAAAAGCCGCACGAAUGGCGCAGUUGCAUGCAGGAUUCCCAGUGACUGCACCUCUCCACACGAUCAACCGGGCGUGUAGUUCGGGUUUGGCGGCUGUGACGAGUAUUGCAAACAUGAUUUCGGUGGGGCAGAUUGAUGUGGGUGUUGGUGCGGGAAUGGAAAGCAUGACGAGGAAUUAUGGCAGUAAAGCUAUUCCCACGCAGCUAUGGGAGGAAUUGAAGGAGAGUAGUGUGCAAGAUGCACAGGACUGCAUCAUGGCUAUGGGUCUGACAAGUGAGAAUGUCGCAAAGAGAUAUGGUGUUUCACGAGAAGACCAGGAUGUGUUUGCGGCGGAGAGCCACCAGAAAGCGUCAAAAGCGCAAAGAGCGGGCUUAUUCGAUUCAGAAAUCGUCCCGGUGAAGGUGAAGGUGCCUGAUGCUGAUAACCCAGAGGGGCCUCUGCAGGAAAUACUGGUUGACAAAGACGACGGUAUCAGACACGAAGUAAACGCAGAGAAGAUGGCCAAGUUGAAACCAGCGUUCUCCAAGGACGGAUUCUCAACGGCCGGAAACUCGUCUCAAAUCUCAGAUGGGGCUGCUGCAACGCUUCUGCUCCGAAGAUCAACGGCGACCGAGCUAGGACUGGGCAAGAAUAUCAUUGGCAAAUGGGUCAACACGGCAACUGCUGGUUGCAAACCCGACGAGAUGGGAGUUGGUCCGGCCGUGGCGAUUCCCAAGGUCCUUGAUCUGGCGGGCCUCACGACCGAGGAUGUCAAUGUCUGGGAAAUCAACGAGGCAUUUGCCAGUCAGGCGCUGUACUGUAUCAGAAAACUCGGAUUGGAUAUUAACAAGGUCAACCCUAGGGGUGGUGCUAUCGCUCUUGGCCAUCCUUUGGGUAUGACCGGAACGAGACAAUUGGCCACGCUUCUUCCUCAGCUGGAAGCCGGUCAGGUCGGUGUCGUGAGCAUGUGCAUUGGUACUGGUAUGGGAAUGGCAGGCGUCUUUGUCCGAGAAUAG